AUGUUCAACACUCAACAACAGUUCACCAUAAAAGCAGAGAAAAACAAAGAAUUUGACAAAUCAUGUCUCAUUGAUACGUUCAACGUUGGAAGUGGAAACAUAGCGGAUUGUCUGGAGCACUGCUUGGAGAACUGUCGGUGUCAGUCGUUUCAAAUUCGUCAAAAUACUGAAUGUCAACUGUGUUCAAGUCACAAGAAAGAGAAUAGUUCAUUGCUUCAUGACAAAGAUGACUGCGUCUAUGCUAUGUACGAAAUGCGACAUUUGACAGAAACGUUUCAGGUAAUGCAUGUAACUACAGGUCAAUUUAAGAAGUAACAAUUUACAUUUGUCAUAUUUUUGAGAUAUUUCAAUGUGUUUCCUGUGUAACUCACAUGCAUACUGUAUAUUCCGAUAUUUUCUUCUUAAUAUUCACGUUGCAGCCGCACAAUUUUGUUUUAUUUUAUCUUCUUAGAAACUGGAGGGCCAAUGUUCAGGCAUGAGUUGUUCAAUGAAGUACAACUGUUGUCAGCAAUCAGAUCUCUGUCCCAACAACAAAAUAUGUAAACCAAUCAACUCCCAGGAACAGCUGUGGAAACGUUUUACCUGCGAAUGCCCGGAGGGUUACCAUGGAGACAACUGUGACCAGCCAAUCACGUCAUGCCAAGAAUAUGGCCGAGGCUCCCGGAAAUCGGGCAUGUACAAAGUAGUGGAUUCUGUCGGAGACCCAUUAUAUGAAGUAUAUUGUCAUUUUGAUUCUGAUGGUGCUUGGACUUUGGUGCAUUCUUGCAGUUUUGCCAAUGCCAAUGGAUCUGAUAGUCAGUUUAAAAAAUCUUUAUCUGACAAUUUCGCUGUCGGAGAAAAUGGUCUAGAAUGGAGUGGUUAUCGACUUAGGAAAACAAGAAUGGAAUCUAUCAAAGAGAGUUCAACUUUCCUGCAGUUUACCUGUGACUAUGAAAAACACCGUGAUAUGGAAAAAUUGGACUAUGUUCAAAUUCGGCUUGGAAAUAUAAGCCAGGAUGUGCUUGAACUAAACAACAAUCAUACCUCCUAUGUUACUAUUGGCGAAGGACAUGGUAAAAUUGGAGGAUAUGAUUUAAAUGGUUGUCAAGUUAAGCUUCAUCAGAGACCGAAAAGGCCAUUGCAUGUCCAUAUUAGGCAUAGUAUUCCUGACGGUAAAUGUAAGGUCAGUGCCAACGAUUCGUCUUGUACAAACGGUGACAAGUAUUUUGACAACUAUGCUUCUCCUUCUGAUUGUGUUAAAAAAGUACAUCGUUGUGUGCAGAAUGCUAAUUCUACGACGCAGCUUUGGUUUGGCAUGCGUGAGGUACGAAAUGAUACAUCCAGUCUUGGCAGUUCCGGUGGCUCUUCUGGUUCUUAG